CUUGCAGAGCACCUUAAAGUGGGGGAAAAAAAAGAUGGAAGCUUUUAGAGUUCAGAUGUUCAUGCCCUGCUCCUUUGAAAGCUUGUAUCUCAGUUCAGAGCAUCCUGGGGCUUCCAAGCCUCCCCUAAGCUCCUCCAGUAUGACAUCACGAAUCUUGCUACGACAGCAGCUCAUGCGUGAGCAGAUGCAAGACCAAGGGCGCCGAGAGCAGCAGCAGAAGCAGCAAGCAGCCCAGUUCAUGCAACAGAGAGUCCCAGUCAGCCAGACACCAGCCAUCAACGUCAGCGUGCCCAGUAGCCUGCCCCCAGCGACUCAGGUACCAAUGGAAGUACUCAAGGUGCAGACUCACCUUGAAAACCCAACCAAGUACCACAUUCAGCAAGCCCAGCGGCAGCAGGUGAAGCAGUACCUUUCUACCACUCUUGCAAAUAAACAUGCCAACCAAGCUCUGAGCUUGCCCUGCCCAAAUCAGCCUGGUGAUCAUGUCAUGCCAUCUGGAACGGGAAGCAGCGCACCCAACAGUCCGAUGGCUAUGCUCACGCUUAACUCCAACUGUGAAAAAGAGGGAUUAUAUAAAUUUGAAGAGCAAAGCAGGUUAGAGAGUGAGUGCCCGGCUCUGAACACGCACUCGCGAACAUCAUGCAUGCAGAUGGAUGAUGUUAUUGAUGAUAUAAUUAGUUUGGAAUCGAGUUACAGUGAAGAAAUCCUUGGCCUGAUGGAUCCGGCCCUGCAAAUGGCGAAUACGUUACCUGUAUCUGGCAAUUUGAUUGACCUGUAUGGCAACCAUACAAGUAUGCCUCCAGGGCUAAACAUCAGCAACUCUUGUCCUGCUAAUCUUCCCAAUAUAAAAAGGGAGCUGACAGCAUGUAUUUUUCCUACAGAGUCGGAAGCAAGGGCAUUGGCUAAAGAGAGGCAAAAGAAGGACAAUCACAAUUUAAUUGAAAGAAGAAGAAGAUUUAAUAUUAAUGACCGCAUUAAAGAACUAGGCACUUUGAUACCCAAGUCAAAUGACCCGGACAUGCGCUGGAAUAAGGGAACUAUUUUGAAAGCGUCGGUGGAUUAUAUCCGCAAACUGCAAAGAGAACAGCAGCGCACAAAAGAACUUGAAAACAGGCAGAAGAAAUUGGAACAUGCCAACAGGCACCUCUUGCUCAGAAUACAGGAGCUUGAGAUGCAGGCUCGAGCACAUGGACUUUCCCUGGUUCCAUCUACCGGCCUUUGCUCGCCUGACAUGGUAAAUCGGGCCAUCAAACAAGAAUCUGUUAUCGACAACUGCAACCCGGAUAUCGUACAGCGUCGCACAGAUCUUUCUUGCACUACUACCCUUGAUCUUACUGACGGUACCAUCACUUUCAGCGAUAACUUAGGAAAUGUGACUGACUCUAGCAACGCCUACAACGUUCCCACAAAAAUGGGAUCCAAACUGGAAGAUAUCUUGAUGGACGACACUCUCUCCCCCGUAGGCGUAACCGACCCACUACUUUCUUCGGUGUCACCUGGCGCUUCAAAGACGAGUAGCAGGCGAAGCAGCAUGAGUAUGGAAGAUACUGACCAUACUUGUUAGCAGAUGAUGCUCAGCAGUCUUUCAUAAACUGCAUCGUUUCGUGAUCAGUAGAUGAAAUAAUUGACCUUUUUAGGUUUUCUUGAUUUUUUUUUUUUUUCUUUUAAUAUAAAACUACUUGUGCUUCAUCAGUAGCCCAGUAUGUAUGUAUAUGUAUAUGUGUGUGUGUGUGUGUGUGUGUGUGUGUGUGUAUAUAUAUAUGUAUAUAUGUGUGUGUACACACACACACACACACACACACACACACACACAUAUAUAUACGUACACAAUUUCUUUUUUAGGAUUUUGUGAAAAGACUUGUAUAUUCUAUUUUAAAACUACCAAUGCCUCCAAAAUAUUGUACAACACGUGUACAGUGUCUGUGAACUGGAUUCACCGAGAACUUUGAACUGCUCGAAUCUACUCAAGCAAUAGAAUUACAAAUCAAGGGGCUGUUUCUAUUCAGGGGGGAUUUUAGGUAUCGGUGUAAUGCAGCCUGCUUGCUUGGAAACAAAAUGUAUAGUUUAAAAAAAAAAAAAAAAAAA